AUGACAAAACAGCUUCAAAAAUUAGGCGUAACUGACAAGCGGUAUUGCUAUAAAGCGGAUGGCAUAUUUAUCAACAGCAUCAUCAAGGACUUUGAAAUUUUACUAAUGGAGGUAUCAGGGGAGUAUAGCAAUGGUGAUCAAGCAAAGAUCAGCUUUGAUCAUUAUAAGGCAUCAUUUGGUCUCCAAUCAAUGCUUACUUCAAUUGCUCAGGAAAUUUUAAAGAGCAGCUGGGAUACCUUUAAACGUUAA